AUGAAUAAGUCAUGGAUAAUAGAAGAUAGGACAUCUGAUGCAUAUAUUAACGGAGUUGAGCAGUUCCUUAGAUUUGCAGUUCGUAACGUAGAAAAACAUAAUGAAAAGCAUUCACAUAAACGUAGGAAAAAACAUAUUAAUAUAAGAUGUCCUUGUUUUGAUUGUGAUAACAUUCCCCCGGGUCUGACCAUUGGAGAAGACAAGUUGACCGAACAGGUGAAAGAAGGUUCCCUAGCCAUAAGCGGCGGCAAUGAUAUCCUAACACUUGCUUUGGGGACUGCUGAACGGUCUGGAAAUGGUGGAUCUGCACCAAGUUGCCACAGUGCAAAUACAGAGUCAAGCUCAGAAAGUGAGAGGAUAUCGCGCCUAGAAGCCCAAAUUUCCAUCUUCAUGGGGAUUCAAGGAGCUGAGGCCUCAAUAUACACACAUCAAAAUUAUUCAGCUGCGAGCAAACCUUCGUCCUCAGCUGGUUCUUCUCCAAAAAUAGUCAAGGAUAGUGAGGACAAGGGUGGAAAAUCUUGUAUAAUGUGUCUGGAAUCUUCAGGUUCAUCUAUUGAUGUGGCUAAAGGAAAGGUCUUUCGUACAAAGAGCUCUGAUAUGUUACACAAUGUUCGUAUUGGUAAAGGAAAUGUGCGUGUACUUGUAGAAGUGGGAUUAAAGCCAAGAUUUGGUCUUCCGAUUCCUCCUAAAGGCGAAAAGAAAAUAUUACUUGUAGGAGAGGCGGAGGGAUAUCACGUUGCAUGGCCUAAAAAGCUGGUGAUAAAAGGAAAAAAAGGCCAAGAAAUUCUUGAAGGGCUAAAGAACCAAAUGUAUCAGGAGAGAACGAAGCACAUCGAUUUCAAGUAUCAUUUUAUCAAGGAUGCAGUUGAGGAAGGAAAGAUAGCGAUGCUAAAGGUUCCUACAGCGGAUAACCCUGCAAACAUGUUGACAAAGCCGGUUCCAAGUAUCAAGUUCAAACAUUGCUUGGACUUGGAAACUGGAAGCAGUUCAUCAAUGGUGUCCAAGAACGUGGUUGUAAUUGGCAUCGACUUGGGUGCUACAGGAACAUUAAGUGUUGCGGUUGUCAAUAUUAAAGAUGGAUGGAAUAUUUAUGAGGUGAAAUCUGUAGCAGGUGAUACUCAUCUUGGUGGUAAAGAUUUCGAUGACCUUUUAUAUCGACACUGUUCUUGUCACUACAAUAAUUCAUUUCGUCUCAGAUCUAAGAGCAGUUUAAGGUUUGCAUGUGAAGAUGCUAAGAAAAAACUAAGUAAUCCAAAUGUUACAGAGACAAAAGUCAGUGUGGAUUCUUACUAUGAUGAAUCUCCGAAAGAAUUUCUUAAAUUGAGUACUACAGUAACACAAGAUGUGUUUGAUAGGGAAUGCAAGGAAUUGUUUGAUAAAUGUCAGGAAGCAAUUGCCCAGUGUCUUCAAGUUUCAGGGAUUUCUCAAUUUCAUCAAGUUAUUCUUGUUGGUGGAAGUACAAGAAUUCCGAGAAUUCGAGAAAUAUUGAGAGCCAGAUAUAGCCGCAGUUCAAGGAGCGGCGCUUCAAGCAGCAGUUUGGAGUGGUGA